AUGGCAUCUCGGUCAAUUAUCGACAGGUCCACCCGAGAGACUUUUGUCCCAGAAAUAGCCAUGUCCGUUACAUCUGAAUUUACGGCUGAUUGGCAAACUGGCUUACUCGACAAUCAUUCCCGCAAAACCACUUCGCGACUUCAUCGUGCCGCUAAUUGUGGACAGGACUGUAUAGAUGCACCUGAUGCACACUUCGACUACGAUUACCACCUUUCGAGACCAAAUGUCCGUCUCACCCAUCAUGAAAUGAAAGACUACUUUGGUCCCGAAGAUUCAGCUUAUACAGAUCUGGCAGAAAAACUUGCACCUGAACAUCUGGCCGCAACUCUUCUUCAACUGAAAAGAGUCAAACCCCCAGGCUUCUCACGUACUUGUAACAGUAAGCGUCAGGGUGUUGACCAGCAUACAACUGCUGUAGUAAGUGAGAAUUCCGAAGCGGCCGGAACUGGAGUGAUUCCUCAUCAAAAGGUAUAUGACGAUACUUUCUGUCCUUUUGGUUCUAGAGCUGUUCGAGUUCAAAAGAGACUUGAUGAGGAGAAUCGUGUAACCGUUUUUACAGUUGACUGGUGGGCAACACCUGACAUGAGUGCCUCCAAUAUUGAUACCUUCAAUAACACACCCACAGGUUUCACUCAAUCCUACAGAGGAGGUGCAAGUGUGCCUGGAUCCUACUAA